UACAGCGCACUUACUUCCGCAUAUACUGUAGUCAAUGGAUUUGAUUACAUUUCAGUUAUGUCGAACAAGUGUAUGUAGUUUUGCGUUCUGAUAAAACUUUACAAUCAUUCAUUUUGUGAACAGAAUUUGUAAAUACUUAAUUUAUAGGACGUUUUGAACGAAUUAACGUUGCUACGUAUAAAAAUUCAGCGUGCUAUAUUUAUAAUAGGAUGUUAAAAUCGAAUAAAAAGAUGUUAAAAGCGAUUAUCCUCAUUGGCGGCCCUCAAAAAGGUACCAGAUUCCGCCCCCUGUCGUUUGAAGUGCCUAAACCACUGUUCCCUGUAGCAGGAGUUCCCAUGCUACAGCAUCAUAUAGAAGCCUGUGCCCAAGUUCCAGAAGUUAAAGAGAUAAUACUAAUAGGGUUUUAUCAGCCCAAUGAGGAGCUUAACCGGUUUAUUUCUUCAGCUCAGCAGGAGUUUAAAAUCUCCAUCAGGUACCUGCAGGAGUUUGCUGCUCUGGGGACCGGUGGUGGGAUCUAUCACUUUCGGGAUCAGAUCCUGUCCGGAGGGCCGGAUGCAUUCUUCCUCAUGAACGCUGAUGUUUGCUCGGAGUUUCCCUUGCAGGAAAUGCUUCGGUUUCACUGCCAACAUGGGGACAAUCAUUGCGGGGUCAUACUUGGAACCACAGCCAACAGAACUCAAUCUCUGAACUAUGGUUGCAUUGUGGAAAACCAGCAAACAAAUGAGGUGCUCCACUUUGUGGAGAAACCCAGUACUUUUAUAAGCGAUGUCAUCAACUGUGGUAUCUACUUGUUCACACCAGAUAUUUUCGGUUAUAUUGGAAAGGUUUUCCAGAGGAAUCAACAAGAGAGAAUCCAAGAAGAUAUUGCGAAUGGCAGGCAGAUGCCAGAGGUGAUUCGUCUUGAACAGGACAUCUUUACAACCCUAGCGGGACAGAAAAAACUCUGUGUCUACAAAACGCAGCAUUUCUGGAGUCAGAUCAAGUCUGCAGGGUCAGCAAUAUACGCUAGCCGACUGUAUCUCAACCAGUAUCAUCGGACACAUCCUGAACGACUGACAACAAACCAAGACAGCGGACCAAAAAUAAUAGGAGAUGUUUUUAUCCACCCUACAGCUAACAUCGACCCUUCUGCUGUGCUUGGGCCUAACGUUUCUAUUGGCAAGGGUGUGACGAUUGGAGGCGGUGUAAGAGUGAGGGAGUCCAUCAUUUUACAUGGAGCUGUGUUACAGGACCAUUGCUGUGUGUUGAACAGUAUCGUUGGGUGGGACAGUACAGUGGGGAAGUGGGCAAGAGUGGAGGGGACCCCAAGUGACCCUAACCCCAACGACCCUUAUGCCAAGAUUGACAGCGAGACGCUGUUCAGGGAUGGAGGUCUGACUCCGUCAAUCACCAUUCUUGGCUGCAAUGUAAAUAUUCCAUCAGAGGUCAUUAUUAGAAACUCUAUUGUCUUGCCUCAUAAAGAUCUCAACAGAAGCUUCAAGAACCAGAUUAUCCUAUAAAACAAAAUUCUUCAGCUUCUUUCGGGGGACAGAUUAUCCUGAAGAGAUCUCAUGGUGGGGACGUAUAUUUUUAGAAUAAAUAGAUUUGAGCGCUUUCAUGGUAACCUGAGUAAAGGUUCUUCACAGCAAAGCCAUAGAAGAACCAUUCAGUCCAAGGUUCUUUAAAGAACCAUUUCUUUCUUACCUUUUAUAAUCUAAAGAAUAAAGCACUUUUAUUUUAAAGAGUGUGUUAAUAAACUUGUAAAAUAAUGAUUCACUUUAAAUUACUACAAUAUAUGUUGCUGAGUUUUGCACAGAUAUCACUGUAAUGUGUUCAAAAAUGAGUUAUUGGCUGAAUUGUGGUGCCAAAAUACCCCUUUGAGCAUAGAUGGAGUUUGAUGUUAUUGUAUUUUUAAUAAACUAAGGUGUAUGAAUUCAUGUGAAAUUAAUGUAUUACACUAAAGUUUACCUUUAUCAACUUGCAUGUAAACUAAAUAAGAUGUAUUAUAUUAAAAUAGGCUUAUAUGGGUGGUAAAGCUCAAAAACUAUGAAUUAGUGGUUAAAUGUUUCUUUGCCAGUAUAUUCCAAAAUUUCCCUUUUGGGGUUUUCAGAUGGCAAGGGCAACAUGAAAAAUAUUUCAGAGUUUAUUGAGUACAUAUUUUGCCAUUUAUGUAACUAAAUUAGAACUGCUGGAAAGUUGAGAUUGUCAGCAUUGACAUUUAAAAAUGUGUUUAAGCUUUAAAAGCAUUGUGAAAGGUCUCCUUUAACCUUCUUAGAAUAUUUUGUGUGUAUGGAAAAAAGGUAUUGCAGAAAUUAUAUUGUCUGACUGGACAAUAUUAAAACAUAUAACUUUCACUAAAAAAAACCCCCAACUAUAAAACGUUCUUUUAACUGACAUGUAUAACAAACUGUAAUAAAGUAUCUUGAACAACUUCAAAGAAGUCAAUUAAUUAUUUUGUUUAUAGGAUUAGCCCUCAACAUCUUGCUAACAAAGAUUAUUUUGUUCACUGGACUUAAAUAUGUUUGUCCAAAAUGUGUCAAUUAUGUGAAAUAAAAAAAAGAUGACUGUUUGGCUUUA